GUGAGAGGCGGCACCACGCCGGCCUGGGCACACGACCACGCGGCAACCUGAACACCAAAGACCCAAUGCUUGCUUUGAAAGAUCUGUUAAGUGGUGGCAAGAAGGCGGACACCAUGGAUGCCGGGUCAGCCAAGCCCACGCGAAGGAAAUCAAUGGCGUGUCUGCGAAUGAUCCCGCGAAAUAUAGUGGCGAGGAAGAGGAGCGUCUUCCUCGACCACCAUCCGGUCUUGACGGAUUGGCAGGAGCCCCGCGAGGACGCUCCUGACAGUGGCACCUCCCCUGGCACUCCUUCGCCCAAGAGCAAGACGCGCGGUGGCGAAGGACACCAGUCUGCCGGGGAAGGGGAAGGGAAGGGGGAGGGGGACACUCUGCCGGAGGAUAACGGGAGGUGUGCGAAAGCGGCCGCUUUGGAAGGUCCUCGGGAGGUGAUUUCGGUAGGUGGGGUAUCAGGUGCUUCCCCUUCCAUCCCCACUUCCAUUUCCACCGCCGCAGCCUCCUCCUCCACUGCCGCAGCCGCUACCUCCUCCUCCUGCUCCACCUCCGCAAAUACUCCCACUCGGCGCCGCAUCAGAGGCUCAGAGACGUGUAGUCAGGACGGCCGCACUCAGCAGGUCAUCCCUCUCCAGCAUGGUGACUCACUCAACAUCUCGGACAACCAGAGCUUCUGCCAGAUCGAGAGGGCGCUGCAGAGGAGCCCCGGCGAUGGCGACGAGGCCCCGCGAGUCGUGACGUCCGAUGAUAAGAGAGAGAACGACGAGAAAGCCGCCAUGACGUCACAGGGGAUGCGAGCCGUGGCCACCGCCGAGGCCAUCGCUGCGUCAGGAGGGAGGCAGACGGCCGUCCCUCCGCAGGGCAGCGCGAGGCAGUUGACUUCGUGGGCGUCGGGACAUCGCCACGCUGGCCACGCGGCCGAGACUCAGGAGGAGUGCACAUGCAAGCCGCAUCCAACCGGAAUUGGUGGAGGAGGCGCCGUAGGAGGAGGGGGAGGAGCGAGAGGAGGCCCACACGGAGGAUCCUUCAGAGCGCCUCCUCAGCCCCCCGCUCAUCACCGAGGUCCUCACAGUCCCGUUCUGCCCCCUAAGAAGUCGUCCCAGGCGGCGGGGGGUCGACGGAUCAGCCUGCCCGAGGGACCCAGCCAGCCUCCUUUCUUCCUGCAGAGGGAUUCCUCAGGGCUAACUUGCACAUGCCCGCAGAGCACCUCUUCCAGCGCCAAGAGACGAUCCCUGAGGGACACUCUCACACUCCCGAGACUCGCCCUCGCGUCCGAGGCCGCCUCUAACCAAGAUGACGGAAGAUCCAGCUCAUCCUCCCUCCACGACUACCCUCGCUACCGACGAAGCAUUAGCCUGGGCCAGAUCCUGCAGCACUCGGACGGCCCCUACAACGACGGCUUCAACAGCGCCGGUAGCACAUACCCUGGCAGCAGCGAGACCUCGCCUGACACGCACACAGAUGCCACCGGGCGAGAACUGAGUGACUUCGAGAAGGAGAACCUGCUCUUCCUCAAAGACUUGGACAACAGCUAUCACCGACCCUUGACACAGAGCCUUAGCAAUACCAGCCUUGGCUCGACCUUCUCCGAGGACUCUCUGACAGGAGACUCCACGCCGAGAGGAGGAAGCCCUUACCCGGGUCGCCGUGAAUUCCCGAGGACAGCCUACUCGCCCUCCAAGACCUCGGCCUCCAAGAUUAUCCGCUCCGUCUCGAGGGAGGAGCCAGAGGACGACUUGUCCGAAGGGGAGGCCAGUCGAGACGGGCGGAGGAGACCCGAGGCCACGGGAAGAAAGAUCUCGCUGCCGAUUCUCGCCUACCGGGGAAGUACAAGUGACUCGUCGGCGCCGUCCAGCGUGUCGAGCCUGCAGGGGGCGCCGGCGUGGUGGAACAGCCGGCAGGUGCGAGAACCUCCGCCGAGGAAGUUCUCCCUGAACCACACUUCGCCGUCGCCGUCGUCCAGCUUCGCCCAAGCCAAGAUGGUGUUCACGGGCCGCAGCCUGUCGUCCCCGAGCGAGCCCCCGUCCCGGAUCCCCAUGGCCACCCACAGCAACGGGGGGUUCCUGCAGGAGCCGCCCUGGAGGUCCCCCAGGGGCCUCGGGUGCGCUUCGUCCACCGUCCCCAACGCCAGCGGCCAAGGUGAGUAG